ACCGCGCAUGCGCAAUUCUGAGUAGAGAGCAUGCAGAGCAGCGAGUGUUUAUAUUAUAAAGAGUAAAAAUGUACACACACUGAUCUACGCUGCAGGAUGUCGGUUCCUCCUCCUCCUACCUUUAACCAGGAAAACGUGACGCCCCCCAAGCUGAGCCGGGAUGAGGUGAAGGGUAGAAGCGUUGGAGCGUUACUCUCUGAUAUCUGUAAGGGAGCUAAAUUGAAGAAGGUGGCGGUGGUGAAUGAUCGUAGCGCCCCCAUGAUUGAGAAGCGCAAAGAAGGCGGAGCAAACAGUGGAGGUGGAACCAGUUCUGUGGGUGGAGCCAACAGCGGGUGUGUGCCUACAGCAGCUCAGCAACCAAUGAGUGGCUUGUUUCAGGCAGGAGUUCCUAAACUGCGCCCUGUUGGAGACACAUCGAUGGGACGAACUUCACUCCAGGCCCCCCCCUCUCGGCCCACCGCUCCUCGACCUCCUAGUUGCCCUGACAACAGCAAGAGUCUUGUUCACCAAGCAUCUCCUUCUCCUACACCUCCUUCUGCUGGUCGCCGUGCCAACGCUCCACCCACUCCUUCUCAGAAAAGUGCCACGCCCACCUAUAAUCGUGACAAGCCCCUCCCACCAACUCCAGCCCCUCCUUCUCCAGCUAGUGUUCGCUCCUCUUCCUCCUCAUCUUCGUCGUUAGCCCCGCCCCCUCCUCCGCCGUAUCGGCAGCAGGUUUCGGCGUCUAACGGUUCGUCCAGUCCGGUUAACGAGCUCGCCCCCGAAUUACCUCAGAGACACAACUCGCUCAGCAAGAAGCCCACCCCCCGAGCACACGCUCCACCUCCUCCACCCCCGAGCCCCUCUACUGCCCCGCCUGGAUCCCGUCCACCCCCUCCGGUACGAGAGCCGCCCGGGAGAGGAGCAGCUCCUCCCGUACCUGUGCAGAGUGCACGCACCAGCAACCGUGAAGCUCCGCCCCCUCCACCUUAUCGCACGCACUCCGACGCCCCCAGCAGAGGAAAACCCCCACCUCCGCCCUCCCGCUCCCCGGCUACGGCCCCUCCUCCUCCCCCGCCCACUCGCAAUGGUCACGCCCACAACACCCACAGUUCCCGCUGCUUCGCAGAUGAUUUUGAGUCGAAAUAUUCGUUUCACCCCCUGGAUGAUUUUCCUCCUCCGGACGAGUACAGACACGUGACCAAAAUAUAUCCUAGUAAAGUCAACCGAAUGGUUAGAGGAGCUCCUCCACUUCCUCCUGUUUGCCGAUGAAUACUGUGACCACAUGGGAGCACUGACAGCGCCCCCUACAUUACAUACUACACAGUACACACACGUUACACACACACACACACACACACAUUGCACCUUAUUUACACUUUUCUUCUCCGAGCAACAUUCCAUUCAUCAUGUAGUGAAACUUCUUGAGUGGGUUUGUGUUUCACCUCCUGGAACAUUUAGGUUCUUCUCAUCAGGUUUCAGUCUGAUAGAACUGAGUCCGUCUGUGCCAUGAUUAGAUUCUCCUGAGUGAAGCUUCAGUCACGCCUGGUUUUACGCUGAUAAAUUUCACAUCAGCAAAUGCCAACAGAAUGAAAAUUAUUCAGAGAAACAAGUUACAUUUUGUCGAGCCACAAAUCGGUGAAUCAAAGCUAAUACACUCGAUCAGAAAAUCAGCUCAGUAUCGUCUGUAAUUAAAGAUCAGGUAACGGUUCGAGAUAAAACAAAUCAUACAGUUAUUUCACCUGCAGCCAUGAAACAACCAACCUUCUCUAACACUUAUUAUAAAUAAACACUAAAACUACCCAGAUAUUAAAAGCAAAAUAUUAUAUACAAUAAAUUACACACGUAACUUUUAGAAGUUAAAUGGAGGUGGAGUUAUUUGUGGCUGGGAAGCUGUAGCCUAGUGGUUAAGGUACUGGAUUAGUAAUCAAAAGUUUGCCGGUUCAAGGCCCCACCACUGCCAGGUUGCCACUGUUGGGCCCUUGAGCAAGGCCCUUAAUUGCUUAGAUUGUAUACUGUCACAACUGUAAGUUGCUUCGGAUAAAAGCAUCUGCAAAAUGCCAAAAAUGUUAUUUUGCUGGCCUGCAGUUUUACUGUCGUUUUUUGGAAGUUCAGUCCAGUCGUCAAUACUGAGAGUUUAUUUCAAUAAAUCUUGAUUAUCAUAAUUAAUAAAACAUCAUUAAAUUCCUGUUCUGAAUUGCUGCACUGUGAAUAUUAAUGAAAGCAGAGGGACGUCAUUACAGACUGAAACUGUUUGAUUGAUGUAGGUGGAUCGUUUAUAUUCCGUUCUGAUAUUUUACCCCUCAUGUUAAGUGCCAGUGGAAGCAGGUGAUUUUAUUCUAUGAUGUUUAAUGAUGAUAAAAGAUGAAUUUAAAGCAAGAAUUUAUUCAGGUAAUGUUGCUUUAUUUAAGCCUGAGAGAAAAUUCCAGCAUGUCCUUGUCUUCCAUACAUCACACUUCAUAAAAGAUUUCACAUCGACGUUUUCUACAUUUCCACAACAACUGACAGAAACACGUAACAUGUAAUAACACUGCUCACAUUUAAUCCUAAUUAGAAUGAUAAAGCAUGGCUGAAGAGGUUUAGUUUGGAAUGCAUGUGAAAAGCGCUGGAUUUGUAUUUCUCUCUAAAUGCUAAAUGUACCCAGUUCAUUUCCUGUAAAAAGAAUUAAAAACCUUUGGCCUCAUGUGAGGAUGGUGUAACAUGUUAUUUGUGCACCGGUACAACUGAUGCUCACAAUAUAAAAUCGUUGCUACUGCAGUUUUGUUAGGAAAUGAACUCUGUAUUAUCGCUUUGCUAGUAAGAUCAUUGUCACAGCUGGAACAAUGUAGUGGAACAAAUGUACAGAUGUGAACUUUCCAGGGCGGGUGGUUUUAUUUUACUGUGUUAUAUUACUGAAAUGAUGUUUAUUACUAUCAUUAUUGAUAUUGAUUAUGUGAUAACUCUGGUAUCUUGGUAGUUCGCCUGCUCAAAUACAUUUAAAGUGUGAAAAGAAAUCCCAGCCAAGCAUGUGCUGAUAUAAAAAUGUAUAUCAUGGUUUACAUGUUGUAAUGAAGCCGUCCUCAUUAGCAUUUAGCAUUUUUGUACAAGCUGAAAAAAAUUAUAACGCUGGACUUAAACAUAGCAAAGCUUUUUGUACUGAACUCUGAACUUAACUAACCCUAGAUAUCAAUUACAGAUGCAGCCCAACAGGUUAUAAUUAUAUUGGUCCAUGCCUGCUAGUGCCUGCUUUUUUAUUUCUGCCCUACAUGUGACAAUAUUGGGCCGAAUAUAAUCCAGUCCUGAUUAUUGAAUAUUAUGUUGAUUUAUAGAGAAGAUUUUCUUGUCAACACAGUGAAUAAAGUCUGGCUCAUCUAUACUGGUCAUUAUAAUAGAUAAAUAAUGAGACCAGUAAAUAAAGGCAAUACGUUUUUAAAGACCUAGAAUGUGAUAGUUAUAAUACAGAUCAUGUUCUGUCCUAUUAGCGCCACCUGCUGCUGUGAAGGCGUAAUGAAUGUAUCAGUGAUGUCUGUGAUUAUAAUAAAUAAAAGGUUUAAAUUUGAUUCAGUACAUGCGUGUCCGUCCACAUGUUAUAGAUGUUCCUAAGAAGUCAAAAGCAAAUAGAUGUGAUUUGUGGAAAAUUCACAUUAGAAUAAAGAAAUAAAAACCUUUUUGAAACUGUAGAAAUUAAGUUUAAAUCAGAAUUCAAAUAGAAUUCUGUAAUAUGGAAAAGCAAAUGUGAAUGAACCGAAUCUUUCAUUAUGUCCCAAUAAAUAUGACUAAAGAUU